AUAUAUUACUCUCUCUCUCUCUCUUAAUAUAUAUCUUUUCAUCUCUCCUGUUCAAACCAAAAUGGGUGGUGGCGGUUCAGAGAAAUGGCUUAAUUCGUUUAUGGGUUUGAAAAAGCUUCAAAUCAACGAUCAAAAGGUGGUCGGAAAAGGCAAAAGGUGGAAACUUUGGAGAACAUUUUCCGGUGGGAUGGAAUUACCAGCGAAGCAUAUCGCUUUCAAUUCAUCAUCCAUGGCUACUACUGUAGUGAAACAUAAGAAUUGCCGUUUCGCCGUCGCCGCUAUCAGAAUACAAUCUAUGUUUCGUGGUUUCCUGGCAAGACGUGCAUUGAGAGCUUUGAAGGCGGUGGUAAGAAUACAGGCUAUAUUUCGAGGAAGAAGGGUUAGGAAUGAAGCUGCUAUUACAUUAAGGAGAAUGCAAGCUCUGGUUCGUGUACAGGGUAGGGUUAUGGCUAUGUCUAAAAAACAAGAAGAAGAAGAAAGAGAAAAAGAAGAAGAAGCUAAUAAGAAUAAGAAUAAUAUUAGCAAGAAACAAUGGUGUGAUAGAAUUGGGACAGCAGAAGAAGUGAAGACGAAAGAUGAAAUGAAGAAAGAAGGGAUCUUGAGGAGAGAAAGAGCAGUUGCGUAUUAUUCUUCACUUUCUAAACACCACCAUGGUUCUUCUGGUUUUAACAAACCCAGAAAGAGUACCAGCUGGUUAGAAGAAAAAGAAGAAGAAGAAUACCGUUGGGAUGAAUCUGUGAAAGUGAGAAAGAAUUUUGUUUCAACUAGGAUUUCAGCUAAUCCUAUGAUGAUGAUGACGAAGAAGACACGACAACAACUCUCUUGUUCAUCUUCUGAAUCAACAAAUGUGGAGACUGUUUAUGAUAAUGGAUUGACGGCAUCAUCAUCUACUUCUUCGGUUUCUGGCCGCCAUGGGAGGAGAAGGGAUCAAUUUGAUUUGGAUCGUACAAUUUCAAAACCUAGUACCAGGUCAUCAAACAAGAUGACUCAGAAGAAGCAGUCUGCUUUCUAAAGAAAUCUCCAUAUUUCUGUUGUUUUGUUUUAAGAUUCUCUUAUAUUUGAUAAAAACGAAGAUUUGUUUUUUUAA